AUGUACUGUUCUAGCUCGCUCAACAACAAAUGUGGUCGAGCUGUGAACCUAGUGAACACCGCAGAGUGGUUCCAGCUGCUGGGUGAUGUAUUAGCAGGCAAGAUGGACUACUUAUUCAAUGUCAAGACCAACUCACCUGUAUCUGCUGAGCCACCGGAAGGCUUUGUUCCCAAGCCUCUUUGUCCAGAGAACAUUUACGGCACCAAUGAGAGAGGUUUCUUCCCGGUGAUAGGCUGGCUACCAGACGCACUCUGCACCAGCUCUGUAAAGGCGUAUUUUUGCGCUUUUACAGAGUUUACUCUGGAACCACUCAGAGUAUCAUGUCGCGGUUGA